UUAACAUAGCUAAACACAACACUGCCAGCAACUGCCAGAGCCGACAGGUUUGUUUUUAAACAUUCUUUUCGGCAGAAACCCAAAACCGAAUGAAUAUUAAAGGCUGAGAUUUUAGAUGGCUGAGCAGUUAUGAAAAAUUGACCUAUAUGGAUGGAAAUAUGAAUCAAUUCCUCCCGAUUCCCUUUGAAACUACUAAUCUUUCACUGUCAUUUUAUUAAUGUAGGCCUAAUUUAAUUCAGAGGGACAACAUGGAACCAUAAGAGAAAUAUACAGUAGUAUUAACAGCAGCGCUGGCCUGCACGGUUUUCAUGGUGUAGAAAGCACAGCCUGUCUGCAUUGCGUCGAAUGCUCCCUCCUCUCUCUCCCUCUCUCUCUCUCCCUUUCUCUCGCUCUCCCUCUGUAUAUAUAAAAUCCGGCAAACCACCACCGUGUAUAACAAUAUUUUCUGAUUUUCUCUGCGUCCUUUCUUUCAUUUCACGCAGUGCUUUGAGGCAGCACAGGUAUGCGCAGGGAUGUCCGCGUCCGGAUUUCACCAAAAAAGAAAAGAUGUCCAACGUUUGCUGAUGCGGCAACGGCAAGAAACGGCCAGUUCGCUUAUUACCCCUUGAUGCACUCGGCACUCCCAUCCGCACCACCAUGCUUUCUCCUACCACAUAGUUUAUCCCGCUAGAGUCAGCAGACUUUCUGGAUGUCAUGCAUGCGUUCAUAUGCCUGUAACUCAGCCCGCUUUCAUUUCGACCUGUCCAGCAGCAUGCUUUUAUACAGCCUAUUAAGAGACUCCGAAGUCCAAGAUUUCAGUCACUGCAAGACGAAGAUGCUUCGGUCAGCCUUAGACGCCAAAGUCAGAAAUACGCCGGGAUUGCUUAUUAAAAUGGUGUAGCCGAUUAAUAUUUCAGGAAGCCUCAUAUCUUGCGCGCUGUAAAGUGAUAGCCAUAUUAAAACAAAGCUGCGAGUGCAAAGUUGUCGCUCUGCCUUACGGUGCAUACGGACUGUUCGCAUUCCUAUACAGUUUCUCUUCAUACCAUCCAGAGCAUUUUCGCAUUCCUCGCAACGAGCAACUGCACAGUUGGCGCUCUGACCACCCACAUGUCUACAUCGUAAAAAAAACGGGGAGUUGAAAUUGCUGAGCUGGCAAAGAGCUUCGCCUUUCGAUCCAUUUCUUUCCCCUGUUUGACUGGGUGAUAGAAGCAGCAGUAAGAAGAGCCGCGUAGAGAAGCAAUGGUCGAGUCAGCGCGAAACGUACAGAAACGGCAUUGAGGAAAAGCGAUCCAUCAUUCUGCAAUACAUGUACAGGGCCACCUGAAGAAAACUGAACGGGAAACUGGAUGCCUGUUCAGCCGGGCUGAACGCAAACCCGCAUCGCCUGCAACGCGCAAAACUCGACCAACAGAAUGACGGUGGUGGCCGGAGAUAACAUGGACGAAGCUUCUGGGCACCCCCAGGACGCGUACCCCCCAGACCAUGACGAUCACGAUUGCUGCGAGAGGGUGGUCAUCAAUAUCGCAGGGCUGCGCUUUGAGACUCAGCUGAAAACCCUUGCGCAGUUCCCGGAUACGCUCUUGGGCAACCCCAAGAAGAGGAUGCGCUACUUCGAUCCGCUGAGAAAUGAAUAUUUCUUUGACAGAAACCGUCCCAGCUUUGACGCCAUACUCUAUUACUACCAGUCCGGGGGCAGGCUGAGAAGACCGGUCAAUGUGCCGCUGGAUAUGUUCUCGGAGGAGAUCAAGUUCUACGAGUUAGGGGUGGAAGCGAUGGAGAAGUUCCGGGAGGAUGAGGGGUUCAUUAGAGAGGAAGAGCGUCCUUUACCCGAAAAAGAGUUUCAACGCCAAAUCUGGCUGCUGUUUGAGCACCCGGAAAGCUCGGGUCCGGCAAGGGGGAUUGCCAUAGUUUCAGUGAUGGUCAUCCUGAUUUCCAUCGUAAUCUUUUGUCUGGAGACUUUACCUGAAUUGAAAGAAGACACCACGGGGCGAAUGAUAACUGUGGGGAACAGUACAUACUUUUACAAACCGAACAUUUUCUCAGACCCUUUCUUCGUUGUGGAGACCCUGUGUAUCAUCUGGUUCUCUUUUGAACUGAUCGUGCGUUUUUUUGCUUGCCCCAGCAAAGCGGCGUUCUUUAAGAACAUGAUGAACACUAUUGAUGUAGUGGCCAUUAUCCCUUAUUUCAUCACGCUGGGAACGGAGCUGGCCGAAGAUCAAGAAAGCGCUGAGGCAAAGGGGGAGCAGGCGACGUCUCUAGCUAUCCUCAGGGUAAUUCGCCUGGUCAGGGUAUUCAGGAUCUUCAAGCUCUCCAGACACUCCAAGGGGCUGCAGAUCUUGGGGCAGACCCUCAAAGCCAGUAUGCGUGAACUGGGCUUGCUGAUAUUCUUCCUCUUCAUCGGCGUUAUCCUAUUCUCCAGCGCCGUGUACUUUGCUGAAGCGGAGGAGAAGGAAUCAUACUUCACCAGCAUCCCGGACGCGUUUUGGUGGGCAGUGGUAUCGAUGACGACUGUGGGCUACGGAGACAUGUAUCCCGUGACGAUAGGGGGCAAGAUCGUGGGUUCCCUUUGUGCCAUCGCUGGAGUAUUGACGAUAGCGCUGCCGGUUCCCGUGAUCGUGUCCAACUUUAAUUACUUUUACCACAGAGAAACCGAAGGAGAGGAGCAAGCGCAGCUGCUUCAUGUCAGCAACCCAAACAUCGCGUCUGACACCAGUUCUAGUCGUCGUAGUUCGACCCCCGUUAGUAAGUCAGAAUAUAUGGAGAUUGAUGAGGAUAUAAAUAAUAGUAUCGACAAUUUUAGGGAGGCAAAUCUCAGAACUGGCAAUUGCCUCGUUAGCAACCAAAACUGUGUUAAUAAAAGCAAGCUGCUGACAGAUGUGUAAAACCGAAAAUCCCAGCAGCAACUACACGAACUUACGUGAAGCCGUCCACUAAUGUAUAUACUGUAAUCAUAACUGAAUGCUUUAUUUACCUCGUUAAUGCGUUCUUGCAUUUCGAUUAUGCUCAGCGAUGUUAAACGAAAACACAAAUCGAAGGUAAAAGAUGCUUUCAGAAUAAGUGAAAGAUCGAUAUUUUCAUUUAUUUUCAAAUGGGCCAUCGAGUUUGUCUGAGAAAAGGAACAAACAGAAAUGAAACAUACUUUGACUCGUUUUUAUUAAAAUGAGACAUUGUGCGAUUCCCCUCGCCGUCCCGACCCGGGACUUCACUGCUUGCCCAAACAGACAAUUACUAGAUUAUUGGCAAAAAAAAGUUAUGCAUGGAUUACAGCGAAACACACAGCGCAUCCAGGAAGUGCAUCAAAGUCUCUCGUCCAGCCUAGUAGCAAGCAUUCGCAGUUAUCGAUCAGCGGAUUCCCGUGCGACAGCCGAUGCCAUUACCUGAGACUUACUGCCCAGCACAGCACCUUAUCGUAAAGGAAGGGACCGACCCCUUGCUGCCAAUUUAAGGCGGUCCAAGUAAUAGUCCCGAGGACAUCUGCAAUGCUGCUAUUUUUCGGUGAUGCUGUAAUCCCGAUCUUACCGAGCGCGUCCGACGCCAGGCCCUCUAGAUGUAAGACAGCACAACGACAGUUAAAUACUAAAAAAAGUUAAAUACUAGCAUGUUCAGAUACUCUUCGUUUUAAUAUCGGCAUGCGUGAGUCAUUUCCUCAUGUAACGGAAAACUUUAUUUCUGUUUGAGUCAAAUUGAUUUCUUUGUUUUCGAUUUUUCUAAUAAUUUGGUUUCACCAGAAGUGCACUAGUUAUUUAUCAUUUGUUAAUACUUUAAAAGCAUUUAAGUGCUGAAUGUUAAAUCUUUAGGAAUUGGAGGUCUUGGCAUGUUAAAAUACUCCGCAUCAUGGCCUAUUGAACUAAGGUACUAUGUAUCCUAGUAUAUUUAAUGCAUGAAAGUCAGUAUUAAACAGCUUGCGGUAACAGGGAUGUUAGUCGGGCAGAGCGAUUCACUGCUCAUUAGCAGGGAAACGACAAGCUGGUUUUUGCCUGAACUACGAAAGAUCAUAUCCAAGUUUAACGUGUGGAUACAUAGCUUUUCAUGAGAAAGCAAACGCAAAGAAAAAAAAGCAACUAACGAAAUAAUAAUAAUAAUAAUCAAAUUGCAUAGGUUGCACCUAAUACAGUCAGUGUUGCUUAUCUGGUGCAGUGCAUGGACUCUCUCUGAACAUGAAAACCGAAAAAAGUGUAUAAUUGCUACAUCCACAUUGCCGUUGAGUUUUUAGGCAUUUAUGGUUUUCAGACAAAUUUUUUUCAAAAUGAUUUCCAGUAACAUUUCCAGGAGAACUGACGUGGCAAAACGAUUUAAAUUAGUUGCUAGUGCCUUUAAACCUUCCUACCCAGUGGAUUGUUAAAGUGCCUCCCUUUACCAUUGAGUAACACAGUUAGAUCAGAGCUGAAACGAGCCUCCUUACUGCAGUGCACUGUAAUCCAUCUCUGUAUCCUUUAUGGAAAUAACUGUCAGAUACAGUACAUUAACAAACCAGCUCCCCGGCCACCGGCGGAGCGGGACUGAGCGGUCGGACCUGAAUCCCGGCAGAUUUCAUGGGACGCGCCCCUCGGAACAUCGUCCACCAAAGUACCUCCUGACCGCCGUGUACACGGGCAUCGGAGAUCCGGAUGACGGGGAUAAGCUGGGGAGGGGACGUAAAGAAAUUGUACUUGUUUUGUUACUAACACCCGUAUUCCUUUUUUUGGUUUUAUGGCCGUGUAACAAGCCUAUAGGUAGUCUACCUCAGUAGUUACGUCUCUCUGCACAGUGCUUUUGGCUCCGCGUAUUCAAUGUUCAGACACCUGCCAUCGUUGGUCAUACUCGUUAAUGAAUCCAUAUUAGUUAACUGCAUUAAACGUCUCAAUUUCCCAGGCAGGUUACCCUUACAGAAAAGCACUUAUAACACGUAUUAACCGCAAUCCCCGAGGUACGCACAAUCACGACCAAUGGCGCUUUGGCUCGAAACCACCUGCCUUCGAGUGAGAUUUGCUGAUUUUAAUCACUGGAGUCCUUGUACAUUUGGGGAAAUGUUUAAGACCAUUAUAGGCAAUAGCAUAGAACAAAUACAUGAAUUAAAUUUGAAAAAUGUGCACCUGUCGUGUUUUAUAUAUCAAUCAAUAUCAGAAACUGCAUUCCUUUUUAAUUAUGUUCCAAAAUAAACAAAAGCACUUGUGUAAGAGUAGUACUCUCUCAGCAGACUGAGAAUCUGUGAUGACAUCAAACAGAUUAUUUCCAUUUUUACCCAGCUGGCAUACUGGUGUUCUGUUGACCAAUCAUAGGGGUCAAAGGACAAUUUUGAGGUGAUGAGUCAGUACUCAGUACUGCUCAGGAUUGGGCUGUGGAAUGAGGUGGUACCCUGAAGGUCGCUGGUAAUACAGUGUACAGUAUGUAUGUUUUCUUAGCGAGUCAGUGGUUGCGGCAUCUGGGAUUGGAUGUUGUACGCAUGUCAGUUGUUUGUGAGCUGCACUUAUGUAAAGCUGCCAUCUAUGUUGAUGCGAUAGGGCAACUGUAUCAGUAAUUACGAUGCAACCUUUCAGAAGGAUGUUUAGGAAUGCAUCUGAGAGAGUUCCCUUUAAAUAUGGACACUUUCUGAAUCGGUAAACGCCACCCAGUCCGUUCAUUAAAUUUAUUUUCAUAAUGAGUAAAUGAAUGGGGACCGAUGGAACAUUGAGCAAAAAAUACAUAAUAAAUAUAUAUAUUUAUUUUAUCACAGUGACUAGAUUUCUCUCAAAAUUUCUAAAAUUGUCAUUUCUGUGAAUUGUUUCACUGCAGUUGUGCAUUGUUUUCAAUAGCGUUUCUUAGCCUAAAAAGGUUAAACAGCCUAUGCAAGCAUGACAGAAUCUCCAGUGAUUAUUUUUUGGCGAAUGGAACACAUUUUAUAGCGCUAAUAUAAAGUUGAAUGUUAGCUAAGAUAUCUAGCUAUGUCCUUAUUUCUCAUAGCAAACAUACAUAUCAUGCCGGCUAAAGGGGUAUUAACCAGUCAUAAGGUCUCAUUGGAAGAGGCAAUGUGUGCUCCAGUAGGUUAUGAAUCUGUACCGGUGUCCAGAAGGUUGUGGAUUUGAAUCCUGUAGCCAACAGAGUUACAUCACUGUUGGGCUCUCAACCCCACCUGCUUCAGGAAUGUUGGAUGCUGGCUGGAUGGCUGGCUUUCUCUCUGACUCUAUGCUUUCCUCAGUUGAGCAUCACUUUGGACAAUAGCAUCUGCUAAAUGUAGAAAAGGAAAUUGGGAGACCCCCCCCCCCCCACCCCAAACC